CAUGUAACUAUUCAGUCAACAGCACCACUUGUUUAUGUGAUUGUUGCAUCCAACUGUUAUUUGUUCCAUAUGUUUUCUUUCAGGCAUUAUCACCUCUUCCGGUUUCACCAUCCAACUGCUCCUUAAAUUAGCUUCUGUAAAAAUUACUAGAUUCAAUGGAAACCUACUAGAAGCAUUAAGAACAUUUCGACAAGAGUAUGUUAAGAAAUAGCCAGUUAUGACAGGGGGUGAAGAUCUGAUAGCCUGUGAGAAGACAAGCACUGAAAGAUGGUGAACUCUUACAACUACCUCAGCUGCACUCAAACCUAUUUCGUGCCUACCAUUUUGUGUUAGGAGGCACAACAUGCUUUGCCGUAAGAGCCCUAAUCAAUUAUAUUGACUUUAUAAAAUUAAAUAAAAACUCAACAGUCUAGCGGCGGCGCUUGUGAGAGCCUGCCCAACUGUAAGCCCACCUUUGACUGCAUCUUCAGAGAGAACCAAGGUACACCUGGAACAUCAAUACCACCGGCGCACUGGACCAGCCACCGCCAACCCACUGCCUCGGGCUUCCGGCUCCUGAGGAGCCUCCAGGGCGAGAGGGACAAAGGCGGUGAACGUACCUUCCCCUCUCUGCCCCAGAAGCCAGGUUCCUCCCCGGCACUUCCCCGGGCCGGCCCGGCCGGAGCGGUGCGGGGCUCGGGAGGCCCAGGUAGCCCCUCCCCGCCGCCGGCCCCGCCCCGCGGGGGAUGGAGGGGCCGCGGCCGGGCGGGCGCUGGAAGAGGAAGCGGGGACGCGUUCCCGGGCGGCGGCGCUGGGGUCACGAACUCUGACCUGUCACAGGGCACGGCACACACAACAAAACACCCCCGACCCCAACACAGCCCCGGCCCCCUCCCCUCCGCGGGCCCGACAGCCCCUUGCCGCCCCCGCGGGGGGAGGGAGGGCCGCUGCUGGGCACCGGCCUGCCCGGGCCCGGUCGGGUCACCGCCACCGCACCUUUGGCGCCCAUUCCUGAGCUCCUGGAGAGAGAGAGAGGAAACGACCAUUGUGGAGUGCUGGGUCGAUCGGCGGGGCAGUCCCUUGCCGGAGCCGCUGGUUGCAGCGUGGGCCGGCUGAGGUCGGAGCUGGUCCGGUCGCGGUGAGCAAAGUCUGCUGUCCAAGGGGUGUAGGGCGAUGGUCGCGGCGAUGACGAGCGCGGGACACACAGAGAGACAGAAGAUGGAGUCUGAGCGGGCGGAGGCGGUGGCUUAAACCCGACCCUUUUACCUUUGCCACCGGGAGGGCGGAGGGGAGGGGGCGGCGGGUACUUUGCAUACGGGGCUGAGACCGCCGCCAUCUUACCGGCCGCUUCCUCCCUGGCAUGCCUAGGCCUCCUCUAGGCGGACACAAGCGUAUACCGGAGGAGAGGGGAAGGGGCCUAAUGGCGGCGGCAGCAGCCCCGCCUGGGCUCUGGCGGGCGGCCAGCGCCGCCAUCUUGUGCGCAGUGAAUCCCCGGGGGGCUCUAUCCCCGCUGGAGGGGCGGCACUGCCACCAUUACAAGCGGGUGGCUCGGCCAAUGGGCGUUCUGCGGGGGAGCUCUGCGCCUGUCGUGAGGUCAUUGCUCGGGCCUGGGGGCGGCCCGAGGGCGUGGCUCGGCGGCGCGCGGGGCGGGAGCUACCGAAGAACCUUCGGCAGCGGACGGGGCGCGGCGCAGCCAAUGAGAGCGGGCGGCGCGCGCCGUGCAGCCAAUCGGGGAGCGGCAGGUCCGGGGCGGCCUGGCCGGGAUGGGAGCGCUGCCUGCGGUGCUCGUCGGCGGUGUCGGGCUGAGGGCUGUGUUCCUGCCCCCCGGACAAUGUACCGGAGACAAUGCACGUCCCGCCGGUGGCAACGUGCUGGAGACCGCUCGGUGUAGCCGAGUCGAGCUCACAGCGUUCUCUAAUGGUCUUGUUUCACCAUGGCAACCAGUAUGGAGGUGCUGGCUCAGCAGGUGGCUGAGGGCCCGACUGUUCAGACUUCGCUAUCUGAAUCUCCAGUGAUGACCAGCCCUUCCCAGCGCAUCCAGAUAAUUUCCACAGACUCCUCUGUAGCUUCACCACAACGCAUUCAGAUUGUGACAGAUCAGCAAACAGGUCAGAAAAUUCAAAUAGUGACAGCAGUGGAUUCAGCUGUGUCUCCAAAGCAACAGUUCAUUUUAGCUAGUCCAGAUGGAACUGGUGCAGGAAAGGUGAUCUUGGCAGCACCUGAGACAUCUAAUGCCAAGCAGCUUAUCUUUACCACCACAGACAACAUUGUGCCAGGCAGAAUUCAGAUAGUGACAGACUCUGCUUCAGUGGAACGUCUGCUAGGAAAAACUGAUGUUCAGCGGCCCCAGGUAGUAGAAUAUUGUGUAGUCUGUGGUGAUAAAGCAUCAGGUCGUCACUAUGGUGCUGUCAGUUGUGAGGGAUGCAAAGGUUUCUUUAAAAGGAGUGUACGGAAGAAUUUGACCUACAGCUGUCGUAGCAACCAGGACUGUAUCAUCAAUAAACACCAUCGGAAUCGAUGCCAGUUUUGUAGGCUUAAGAAAUGUCUAGAGAUGGGCAUGAAAAUGGAAUCAGUUCAAAGUGAAAGAAAGCCUUUUGAUGUACAGCGUGAAAAACCAACCAACUGUGCAGCUUCUACUGAAAAAAUCUAUAUAAGAAAAGAUCUUCGAAGCCCUCUAAUAGCAACUCCAACAUUUGUGGCAGAUAAAGAUGGGACACGGUCAGCUGGUCUUCUUGAUCCAGGAAUGCUGGUGAAUAUUCAGCAGCCUUUGAUCAGGGAUGACGGUACAGUCCUCCUAGCUGCUGAUUCCAAGGCUGAAACAAGCCAGGGUGCCUUAGGAACACUAGCAAAUGUUGUAACAUCUCUUGCUAAUCUCAGUGAGUCGCUAAAUAAUGGAGAUACUUCUGAAGUUCAACAAGAAGAGCAAUCUGCAAGUGAGAUCACACGGGCAUUUGAUACUUUGGCUAAAGCACUUAAUACCACAGAUGGUACAACACCUCAUAACUUGGCAGAUGGGAUGGAUCCUACAGGAGGAGGAAAUAUUCAUGUAAUCAGUAGAGAUCAGUCAACACCAAUUAUUGAAGUGGAAGGACCCCUACUUACAGAUACACAUGUAACAUUUAAGCUGACAAUGCCCAGUCCGAUGCCAGAGUACCUUAAUGUACACUACAUCUGUGAGUCAGCAUCACGACUCCUUUUCCUCUCUAUGCACUGGGCUAGGUCCAUACCUGCAUUUCAAGCUCUUGGGCAGGACUGUAAUACCAGCCUUGUGCGUGCCUGCUGGAACGAACUGUUUACCUUAGGCCUGGCACAGUGCGCACAGGUGAUGAGUCUGUCCACUAUCCUCGGAGCGAUUGUGAACCACCUCCAGAACAGCAUACAAGAAGAUAAACUUUCUGGGGACAGAAUAAAGCAAGUCAUGGAACACAUCUGGAAACUUCAGGAGUUCUGUAACAGCAUGGCCAAGCUUGAUAUUGAUGGAUAUGAAUAUGCAUACCUUAAAGCUAUAGUCCUUUUUAGCCCUGAUCACCCUGGUCUGACCAGUUCAACCCAAAUAGAAAAAUUCCAGGAGAAGGCACAGAUGGAAUUGCAGGACUAUGUACAAAAAACCUAUCCAGAAGAUACUUAUAGGCUAGCCCGGAUCCUGGUUCGCCUGCCAGCACUCAGGCUGAUGAGCUCUAGCAUCACCGAGGAACUGUUUUUCACAGGUCUCAUUGGAAAUGUUCCCAUUGACAGCAUAAUCCCCUACAUUCUCAAAAUGGAAACAGCAGAAUAUAAUGGUCAAAUAACUGGCACGUCUGCAUAGAGGGAGCAACAUCAUUUGAGGGAUUGAAGUAAUUUUCACAAACCCCAUAUAAUUAGGAAGUUAAAAGAGUAAUGUUUCGGUAUGUUCAGAUAAUUCCAACUUCUCCGUUUCCUGACAGAUUUCUCCUUGUCUUUUUCUGAUGCUGACAAAAUUUAAAGCAGCUAUUGAAAGACCUGCUAUAGGACUGUUCCUACCACAAGGAAUAUUUUGAUGCCUUUCAUUUAAAAGGCCAUAGAUUACUGAAUAUACUUUUCACAUGCUUUGUAUUUAGAAACUAUCAGUGGUUAAAGAGUUUUAUAAUAUCAGAGUAGUAAUAAAAUUACUCUAAAAGUAAAAAACCCCAGUAUGUAUAUAUUUAAAAAUAUCCUUGGAAUGAAUGUCUAGCAAAUGCCAGGGUAUAAUACUAGCACUUUGUACUCACUUCUUGUCAGAGCAACAGCACCAUCAACAUCCUGCUUAUGAGUAUGGAAAAUGAAAAAAAUGCAUAUAUCCUUAGUCAAAAUGCUAGUGAUUUUUGUAAAAAUGUAGAAUGCUAAAGGAGACAAUCAUUUAAUCUACAAAAAGUCACUUGCUGUUUUGUUAUGCAUGAAAUAUUAAUGUGGAUUCUUAAAUCAGAUAUCCACGUUAUAUGAAACUAUAUCUGUUAAAUUAGUGUAGUUGUAAUACACAGUACAGUGCAGUCAUAGUGACUAUUAUGUGCUACAGCAAUUCCCCACACUAGAGAAAAAAAGUGUUUGCCACAAUAAUGAUUAAAUAUGCAGGUUCCUUAAAGUGUCUAUUCAGACAAACACAAUGAUGACAAAUGUUAUUCUAAGAAGAAGCCUUUUGACUUUGGGGAAAAUCAGUCAUUAACUGGAAGAGCAGUAAUUUUCAAAUAGAGCCAUGUGAUGCUCUUUGAGUAUGCUCUUUGUAUGCUCCAAAUUGACUCCUCCUCUGUGUACUCUGAACACCCUCAUGAUGUAGCCACAGGGUACAAUUUAAGACCUGAAAUGUAUAGAACCUCUGGUUUGUAGCAAGAGUUUAUUACAAAGCUCUCUCACUUUAUUUCUCCCUCCCUCCCUGAGCACUCCCAGUUUUGCAGGGUUCUCAACUUUCCUGUCACUCAGUUUGAAACCAGAAUAUAGUUGAGAUUUACUCUCACUCGUGUAUAAUUGAAGUUGAUGACUGAUACACCAUGGAGAUAUAAAAUGAACUACUUUUUAAUUAUCUCCAGUGAUGAGCCAUCAAAAUGUUUGCUAGUAGUACUGGCCAUUACCUGCUAGCAUAGGUUUCAUUUUAGUAUAAUUUAUUAUUAUGGCUGUUCAGUAUUUUAAAAUCAAAGAUUUUUUUUAAAAGUCAUAGCAAUUAAAACUUUCAUCUGAUCCUAGCUCAUUAGAUGCAUUAAUUAUUUUAAUUAUUUUUGUGUUAGAGGCAUUCUUACUUCUGUAGUUUAAUGUGACAAAACUUACCUAAUGAUCAGUUUAGCACUUUGGUUUUUCUUCUGUUACUGAUAUUUAUUUAGAAACAUCAACUAGGUUGGUGUUUGUGACUUUUCAGAGUCUGAAUUUUAGCCAAAAGAUCUUAAGCAACUUUGGAUGAGGCUUCUAAAGUAACAAAAAGACCUUGUAUACUUCAUGCUUGUUAGGAGGCUGAUAUUUGUAGCACUUACUGUGAAACAAAACACUAUUUAAGUUUAGCUUCUGGAUGCAUUAGUCUUCUACAGUUACUGUUUUAGCACAUUCAAAUCUUCUUUUCUCAGAAGGGUAUUACAGAGUUGAGUACCCAUGCAGAGAUUUGUAAUACUGCACUUUUAUGUCUCUCAGCUUCUGCUGUAGCAAAUGAAAUUGUAUUGUUCAUGUGAUGGAAGGUCUGCUCUCUACAGGUGAAGUCAGCUGGACUUCAGCUUUUAGUCCCAACCAUUUGAUUGGUGUGUAACAGCUGUGGGAUUGUGUCAGCACUUCUGCUGCACAGUCCUUAUGUUAAGGUAUACAACUUAAAAACCAAUGAUGAUAGGAACAUCAGAAACAGUAGCUACCUUGGAAAGAAUAGUAGCUGCUUUUGUUAAAAUUUUACUGGGUUAUGUCAUUGUUCUGAAAGCAGAAUACAUUUAACUAUUGUGAUUUUUUUUUUUUUUAGCCAAAAGGAUUAUGGAACUUAAUUUGCUUUCAGUAUUUCAUAAAAAUCAUUUAGGCAGAUAAGAAAGCAUUUUAGUGGUAAAUGAAAUAUUCCUCAGCACAAAAACUAGCCAUUGGAAUAUUUGGUUUUAAAUCUCAAUACACACCAGCUAGCUUUUUCUUGACAAACAUCAUUUCAGCUUCCAGUUUUUCAAGUAAAACUGCCGCAUUUUCUGUGUGAAAGUUUGUUUGUAAUUUUUAUUACUUGUGAUCAUAACAAUUCAGGAAAUAAGGUAAAGGCAUUAUAGUUUUUUGGGAACAAAAGGAUCAUAUGAAAUAAAAUGUAAAUGUACGCCUUGCAGUACAUAUGUAAAUUGAAACAAUAAAUAUCAUGCAGCUCUGUUUACAAACAAACGACACUCCCCACAAAUGCAAGGCCACAUAAUGAUAUCCUUGCUCAAACCCUGGUAGUUUCUUACUCUGCAAAUAGUUAUUAAAUGGCUUAUUAGGGAAAAAAUAACAGUUUAUUAAAAUUGAGCAACAACCAUGCAA